CCCAGCUAUUGUGAAUGUCAACAUCUAUAUCAGAAGUAUCAGCAAAAUAGAUGAUGUUACCAUGGAGUAUAGUGUGCAGUUAACGUUUAGAGAACAGUGGCGAGACGAGAGGCUACAGUUCGACGACAUGGAUGGCCGCAUGGCAUAUUUAACACUGACCGAUCCGAAUAAAAUCUGGAAACCCGAUCUUUUCUUUUCCAAUGAGAAAGAAGGACAUUUCCAUGACAUCAUCAUGCCGAAUGUUUUACUUCGAAUUUAUCCAAAUGGAGAAGUACUCUACAGUAUAAGAAUUUCCUUGGUGCUAGCCUGUCCAAUGGACCUGAAGUACUAUCCUUUAGACAAACAGACUUGUUCCAUCAUCAUGGCUAGCUACGGUUACACAACGGACGAUCUUGUAUUUCUGUGGAAAGUUGGAGAUCCAGUACAGGUUACAAAAAACCUUCAUCUGCCUCGUUUCACUUUGGAGAAGUUUAAUACAGAAUAUUGUACCAGCAAAACAAACACAGGAGAGUACAGUUGCAUCCGAGUGGAUCUGAUCUUUAAGAGAGAGUUUAGCUACUAUCUGAUCCAGAUCUACAUCCCUUGUUGCAUGCUGGUCAUCGUCUCUUGGGUAUCCUUCUGGCUGGACCAAAACGCCAUCCCUGCACGAGUCUCACUAGGUGUCACCACCUUACUCACAAUGGCAACACAAACGUCCGGUAUUAAUGCGUCACUUCCGCCUGUAUCCUACACUAAGGCUAUUGAUGUGUGGACCGGAGUCUGCUUGACUUUCGUGUUUGGAGCUCUACUGGAGUUUGCAUUGGUCAACUACGCCUCGCGGUCACACAUGCAGAAACAAGCUGUUAAGCAACAGCGGAAAUGGGAUAUUGAGCAUUCUAGUCUGGACAACGAUCACGUGGAGGGUGGCGCUGCGGCUUUUGCAAUGAAGCCUCUGGUUCAUCGCUGUGGGGACAUAAAUUCUGAUAAAGCUCAUCGGUGUGAAGUUCACAUGAAGCCUCCCAAAAGCAUCAACCCCUGUAAAGCUUGGCUUAACAAGUUUCCUUCUCGCUCCAAACGGAUUGAUGUCAUGUCCAGAAUCCUGUUUCCUCUCAUGUUUGCUCUCUUCAACCUGGUUUAUUGGACAACCUAUCUUCUACGACAAGAAGAUAUAUGAUUCUAUGUAGUUUGUCUCGACAAGAGUAGCUUCGCAGGAUUUCAGUCCAACAGUUUGGAAAUAUAGAUUGGUACCUAUGAGGAUGAUUGCAGAUUUCCAAAAAAGAAAAUAAUGAUAAUAAUCAAAGCACAAUUUUUUCAUGUUUGUCUUAGCCAAGUGUUCUACGUUACAGAAUAAAAUAUUCAGUAUUCAAUGUGGAUUUGUUAUAAUGUGUCAUCCGGUACGACUGCACCGGUGUAUUCCGUUCAAAAUACAGCGUACUAACGUGUAUAUCUUACCUUCCAGCUAGAAUCAUACCAAGACUUUGACCUUGUGUGCCAACCUCUUCUGUGGUAGUGAGCUGCAGAAUAUAUGUGUGUGUGGACAGGCUUGAAUAUCGCAGCUAAUUUCGUUACUGUACUACAUUAUUCUGUAGUAUGAACUUUGGACUUGGCCAAAAAUGACGUAACUAACUGAACAGCGCCUCUGUUGGAAAACUAUGGCAGCAAAUAAUUAAAUCAUAAAGAUAUUGUUCCAAGAUAUUUACCAAGCGUUACUAAACCAACUGUAAGUCACUCCAUGCUCUGGUCAGCCAAUAAAUGAUGAUAGGAGUGUGUAAUUCUUGGAGUUCUCUGAUGUCCUGUUUCAAGCAGAUAGGUCCCAGUGAUAACGUAUAAUGAAAAAAUAAAUUAAUAACUAAUCAUUUGUUCACGCGAACCUUCCUGGAGUGUCAUCAUGCUCCAUUAAAUGAUGAUGGGAGUGUGUAAUUCUUGGAGUUUUCUGAUGUCCUGUUUCAAGCAGACAGGCCCCAGUGAUAACGUAUAAUGAAAAAAUAAAUUAAUAACCACUCAUUUGUUCACGCGAACCUUCCUGGAGGGUCAUCAUGCUUUGUCAAUAUUAUAUAUAUAAGUUAUUUAAAUUUUAACUCGAGGCGAUUUUCGGUUGGGUCAC